ACCCCCCCAGUGACACAGGAAGUGGUUUGCAGCUUUUGUUAUGAAGUCCCCUCACAGGCUUUCACCGGCUGACACAUAAACAACCACACAUUGUGGAAACUUCUCUUAAAAAUGCCCUAAAAAUCGAUAAAAACAUGCUGUGUAGAAGAAUCUGCAGACUGGUUCCCAACGUGUCAGUGCACAUGGCAUUACCAAGACAAGGAGUAAACAUCCACCGCAGCAUGGCAUCAGACACGGCGGGGACGACCCGGUUCGACUUCCUGGUGAUAGGUGGCGGGUCCGGAGGUCUGGCCGGGGCUCGCAGGGCGUCGGAGCUCGGAGCUUCCGCCGCCGUGAUCGAGAGCCACAAACUCGGAGGUACCUGCGUCAAUGUUGGCUGUGUCCCCAAGAAGGUCAUGUGGAAUGCAGCCGUUCAUGCUGAGUAUCUCCAUGAUCACAGUGACUACGGCUUUGAAGUUGAAAAUGUCCGUUUCAGUUGGGAAGCUCUGAAAACCAAAAGGGAUGCUUAUAUUAGUCACCUAAAUCGCAUUUAUCGCAACAAUCUUGACAAAGGUAAAAUCCUAAACAUUCAAGGUCAUGCCAGGUUUACAAAUGACCCUGAGCCGACGGUGGAGGUGAAUGGAAGAAAAUACACAGCGCCUCACAUCCUCAUCGCCACCGGAGGGCAGCCUAUCGUGAUGACUGAUGAUGAAGUUCCAGGGGGGAGUCUGGGCAUUACCAGUGAUGGCUUUUUUGAUCUUGAAACUCUGCCAAAGCGCAGUGUCAUUGUGGGUGCAGGCUAUAUUGCAGUGGAGAUGGCAGGCAUCCUUUCCACCCUGGGGUCCAAAACAUCCCUCGUUAUUCGACAGACUGGAGUUUUGAGGAACUUCGACAGCUUCAUAAGCGCAAACUGCACCAAAGAACUGCAAAACUCUGGUGUAGAUUUGUGGAAAAACUCUCAAGUGAAGUCUGUGCGUAAAACAGAGCAGGGACUGGAAGUGACGAUCGUCACCAAAGACCCAGAGAAGAAGAACGACGAGGAGAAGAUCAGCACCAUCCAGGAAGUGGACUGCCUUCUGUGGGCCAUCGGCCGGCAGCCCAACACCAACGGACUGAACAUCGACCUGAUGGGGUUGGAGACAGAUGAAAGAGGCCAUAUCGUUGUGGAUGAGUUUCAGAACACCAACAGACCAGGGAUCUACGCUGUAGGGGACGUUUGUGGGAAAGCUCUUCUCACACCUGUUGCCAUUGCUGCAGGCAGAAAGCUGGCACACAGACUAUUUGAGGGCAAGAAGGACUCAAAGUUGGACUACUCGACUAUCCCGACAGUGGUGUUCAGUCACCCACCCAUCGGAACGAUGGGCCUCACAGAAGAGGAAGCUAUUAAACUUCGAGGAAAGGAGAACAUAAAGGUCUACAAGACUUCUUUCACUCCGAUGUAUCACGCCAUCACGAGCAGGAAGAGUCUGUGCAUCAUGAAGCUGGUGUGUGAGGGCAAGGAGGAGAAGGUGGUGGGCCUGCACAUGCAGGGGCUGGGCUGUGAUGAGAUGCUGCAGGGAUUCUCUGUGGCCAUCAAGAUGGGCGCUACCAAAGCAGACUUUGACAAGACUGUCGCAAUUCACCCCACCUCAUCUGAGGAGUUUGUCACGAUGCGUUAGUGCAAACACAAACUCCCUCCUUGCUUCCCUAUACGACCAGCAACCCAGACAAUCAUACCAGGACGGAGUCGCUCCUCUGUACCACUCUUGCAUCAGCUUGACGACUUGCUUUCUAAAACGUUAUAUUUCCAUUUUCACUCAUUUAAGUGACCUUAUUUGUGCGCAGCGUUUUAUCUUUUCUCAUUUUUACAUGAAUGGAUUAUGGCCUUCUUAAACUGUACUGUGGGUCUUGAUUUUUGAUUGAAUACUCCAGAUUCCAUUUUGUUCAUCGUGAUAUGGAAGUGAUGGAUCUACAGGUAUUGUUGUCAAGUGAUUGCAUGGGAAAACAAACAAAAAAAGACCUCUCCUAGUGUAUGUGUUUGAUUUGUCAAGUCAUUUGUCCGAUGAAUAUUGCAACACUGCUGCUCCUUAAGGCACCUACCUACUACCAAUGUGAGGUCACAAUGUAUCUACUGUACUGUUCUAAACAAAGACUGAAUAAACACGCAGAGUUUUUUUUCUUAA